UCUACUGCUGUUUAUUCACCAACACAAAGAGAGAAAAGACAUUGUGAGAAAACCUGUUGAAAAAGGUUGUGAACAUCCUUGACAUGGAAGCUCGAUACUUAUGCCAUCUUUCCCUUAUCUUGGCUUGGAUAUGUCUAUUAUCUUUCCCAUCCAUAUGUACAGGAAUGAACGCUCUAGAGAUAAAGCUGAAAAGCACAGUUUUUGUGGCCUUCUCAGGCGAAGAUCUCAGCAUUGAUGUCAGCAUCCAUAAACCAACUAACCAAACUCCAGCAGAUCUGCUAUGCUUCAACCCUUCUCAAAAAGAAAUAUACCGUACCAGUAUAAAACCUAUAGAAGGAGUGCAACGCAUUCAAAUCUACCUGAAGAACCUGAGCAGUUCAGGGAUGUACAGAUUCACAUAUAAUACUGCUGAGGUGAAGUGGUUUCUACGAGUGACAGCUAAAGGCUACAGGGAGUCCGUGAUCUUGGACUACACAGAGAUCAUCAUAGUGGCUGUCUGCACUGGUGUGCUGCUGGUCUUCAGUGUGCUUGGCUCCGUGUUUGUCUUCAGAGGACAUUGGAAAGAGCCAAACUCUGAAUCUCUCGACACGAGCAGACAACAGAACCAAAACGGAGAAGACGGGGAGGGGACAGAAACAAAGGAAAAUAACAUGGACAUGAGAACCGCUCAGUCUUCUUCUUUCUAUGCCAGUCUAGAGCCUUGGAACAGGUCCAUUUAUGAUGUCCUGGAUCGCUCAGCUGCCACUAGCGACGAGCAGCAAACCAAAACAAAAUCCGCAAAAAAGGAACUCCCAAACAUGGUGGAGCAAAAUGCUGAAGCCCAGGAUGAAGGCAUCUUUGAUUCUGUUUAUGAGAAUUUCUGAGUUAAAUAAACAGGUUUUGACAGAUUUUGCUUCAUAGCACCUGAGAUGAACAUCAGAAUCAGUAUCAGAAUCAGAAUUAGCUUUAUUGCCAAGUUCGUACAUACAAACAAGGAAUUUGACUCCAGUACACUUUGCUCUUUUGUUCUGUUUUUGCAUUACAGAAUAUACAAUUUACAAUGUACAAUAUACAAAUUGUAAAUUGUAUAUUCUGUAAUGCAAAAGCAGAACAAAACAUCAGUGCUUCUUCAGUGUCACCUUCACAUCACCAGGGAAAAACAAGUCAAAAGCUAUUUCACAAAAAGUAAAAAAAUAAAAUAAAGAUACUCUGCAACAGGUCUUACUAUAAAACAGUUUAAAUAAUAAGUACACACAUGUAAUAAGAGUAACCUGUAUUUGUAUUCAAAUGAUAAAAUUACCAAAAUUGGUGUCUGCUAUACAUCAAAUAGCUGAAUUAAAUAAACGUUUCUGAAGUUUCA